UCGCCAGGAACUUUUUGGCGUCAAUACCAAACACUGACGUCGUAGAUCGGAGGCUGUGCAAAAGGAAGGUGUAGCGAGUCCCGACUUUCUGAUUUUCCAUGCGCACUUCGACGCUACAAUAUCAGGCAACAGAAACACAUAGCACCAUGCCUCCCGCAAAGCGACGCAAACUCAGCCCUGAGGUCGAGGAGACUCCAGCUACGAACGGGGGAGCGGAAGAAAAUAGCCGGAUCUCAGAACAUGAAGAGGAGAGCCAGGAAGCGGAGCUUGCAUCAGGAAAUGACAAUCUCGCACCGGUAGACUUGCAGGACGAAAGCUCAGAGUCGAAGAAUUCAUCUACCACAUCCGCUCCAUCAAGCGCAGCCGACGACAGACUGGCCCGGUUCGCCGCUCUAAAAUCUCGAGCAUCCGCUUCCGCAAAAUCGAAUCUUGCCGAAGCGAAAGCAGAAGCCACCCGCGCCGCGAUCGACCCCAGUGUCCUCGCGAGUCUCAGCAGGAAAUCGGCCAUCGCAUCUCAUAACCUACUGAAAGCGGACACCGAAGAAGAGGGAGGCACAGGCGCAUUUGAGCGCAAACGCGCGUGGGACUACACGAUCGAGGAGAGCGAGAAGUGGGAUGAACGAGUCGCGCGGAAAAAGGCAGCCCGUAACAACAAUGCUUUCCAGGACUACAGCGCAGAAGCCGCCAAAAUGUAUGAUCGUCAGAUGCGAGACCUGGAGAAGAGUGCUCUGAAAGACGGAGGGAGGAAUCGAAAAGAGUACGAACGACAGAAAGCAGAGAUUUUGGAGAAUGCCGCUCGCACUGGCGGGCUUGAGAUAGUCGAGAUGGAAAAUGGCGAACUCGUUGCGAUCGACAAGGAUGGACGAUUCUACGCGGAUCAGGACAGUGCGGGUUUCGUCGAACAGAAACCCAAGCGGGAGAAUGUGGAUCGGUUAGUCGAUGACUUGAAGAAGGCGGAGGAAGCGAGAAUGAAGAAGCGGCGUGAUAGGGGUCGCGACGAGGAUGGAGGAGAUGUCACCUACAUCAACGAGAAGAACAAGCAGUUUAACAACAAGCUGGCGAGGUUCUAUGAUCGGUAUACCACGGAUAUACGCGAAAGUUUUGAGAGAGGAACAGCGAUUUGAGGAUGAAGCAGUCAUGGUCCGACUUAAUGCCACUUUCAUAGACACCGGAUCGGAAACAUCUUCUGGAAGUGCCUGAAUGCAUGCGGGAUAUGACCAAGUCGCUGAUGAGCAUCCUCGUAGCCACUGUGAUCACGGGUGUGGUUUUGGCACACUAUCACUCCACAAAAACAGGCUUUCCUCGCCGUUCCAUAUACCAUGAAACAUUACACUCUGCAUAGUCUUGAGUGACGUGUAAUUUGCGAGUAGUAGCGAACAAAAAAGAUGCAAUCGAUGUUGAAA